AUGCCUACGGAAGAUGAGGUUCGCGCGAUGCAAGAGGGCCGCGCCCCGGUCCCUCGAGCCCAGGCCGCAUCCAUCGACGAAGCCGUUCCUUCUUCCCUCGGUUACGGGGUCCAAGGCUCAGGCCCUGUCGACGAGACCGAAAGAAGGAACACCGAGUACGCCGCACCGGGCGCUGGGAUCAAGGGCCCAGAAAACCCCAAUGUCGAAGCCGAACAGCUGGAAACGUUCGCCGAGGGCAAGGUUGCCGACGCUGUAGCCAGAAAGAGCGGUACACAGCUCGCUGAGGGAGAGACUGUGACGGAACAGAGCUUUACUGAUGAUCUUGAAAGGAAGAAGCAAGAACAGGCCAGUGCUCGUGAGGCGAUCAAAGAGCAAAGGGCAUCUGGAGUCGAUGUCGAUGGCGGUCUUGGAAACAGUCGAGCGGCAGGCACUGAAGACAAUCGCGACGUCUAA